AAAGAAUUGUCUCCAUUUCUUCCUAUUUAUUACAUAGUAAUAUUAUUUAUCUAACCAAAUAGCAACAAAUAGAGGUGGGCACUGUCAAAUUCAGAAUAAAAUGUCAUGAUCAAAUCGUAAAAACUCAAAUUUGAGUUCCUGUAGUAUUUGUUUUUUGCACUCAGCUACUCUGUGUAGUGAAUUUUGUGUUUUGCGUUAUAUUUUUAUAACAAAUUCGCUCGGCCAAAAGCAAUCACGUUAAAGUGUACUAGGAACUACAGUUUUAAUCAUGGUGAAUCUACAUAAUAUAGAAGACAAACUAGUUAUCGAGGACAUUUCCAGCACCCUGAAGGAUAGGGUGUUUUUUGCUGCCAGGGAUGGAAUGUCACUGACUCUGUAUGCCCUAUUGUACGAAAAACACAUAGACGACAUAGAAGAAAUCUUAAACAGUGAUGUAUGCUGUGAUGGUGUUAAGUGUACCCCACUGAUAGCGGCCGCGAGGCACGGCAGAGAAGGUGCAGUUCGGAUAAUGUUGGAGAAAUUCCGACCCCCCGUCAGAUUAGAACUUGAGGGGACCGUCAAAUUUGAUGAAUAUGUCAUUGAAGGAGCAACAGCUCUCUGGUGCGCCGCGGGCGCUGGUCACCUGGGCAUCGUGAAGCGCUUGGUGCGUGCCGGGGCGAACGUGAAUCACGCCACCAAGACCCUGAGCACUCCCCUCAGGGCCGCCUGCUUUGACGGACGACUGGACAUAGUCAAAUACCUGGUCCGACACGGAGCGGACAUACACAAGGCGAACAAAUAUAACAACACGUGUCUCAUGAUAGCAGCUUACAAGGGACACUUGGAUGUUGUUCAGUUCCUGUUGGACAGCGGCGCUCGUGUGGACGAGCGCGCUCUCUGCGGUGCCACGGCGCUACACUUCGCCUCCGAGUGCGGCCACGCGGCCGUGGUCUGCGCCCUCAUUGACCACAACGCAAAAAUACUCACAAACGAACACGGCAUGACACCGCUGCAGUGCGCCGCUGAGCGUGCCCGGGCCUCGGUAGUCGAAAUUUUGGCAGCGAGGCCGGAGGUGUCCCGUACGCAGGCUAUCGACGCGUACGAACUGCUCGGCGCCUCCUUCGCUAAUGACAAGGAGUACUACUGCCUGCGGAUGGCGUACCAGUACUUACACCGAGCUAUGGCCAUGAGAUACGACACACGCUACGGAGUCAUCCUGAAGAUACCAGCCGAGCCCAUACCGGCCUACGACAACUGGAGGGAGAGCACCACAAUGGCGGACAUAGAGCGGCUCCCGGGGAACCCCCACGCCCUCCACAUGGAAGGCCUCACCGUCCGCGAGCGUGUGCUGGGUAGGUCAUGCCCGGACCUCCCCCACCCGGUGGUGUUCCGAGGGGCGGUGUUCGCGGACGAGGCGCGCUUCGACCGCUGUCUCGCUCUGUGGAAGCACGCCCUCUCGCUCAGACACCAGAACCAGGUGUCGGUGGUGAAGGACCUGCUGAGGUUCGCGCAAGUCUUCUCACAGAUGAUACACAUCGGCAUCGAGCUGCCGCUGUCACAGGUGUGUUUCGUUCUGGAGGCGUGCGCCGAGGAGUUGAGACGAGGUCUGAAGAGGAUCGAGAAGCCGCUCCCCAAUCACGACCCUGACGCUUUGAUUGAGGAAUACGAGAGCAACGUCCGCACGGCGCUGUACCUGGUGGCGGUGGCAGCGAAACUGCUGGAGAGUCCUGGCAACGAUGAGAGCACGUGCUCGGCCGUCCGUCGCGCCAUCUUCCAGCUGCGCGGCGCUCGCCUGAGGUCGGGUCAGACCCUGCUGCACCUGGCCGUGGACCGCCGCACGCCUGUCGAUGAUUUCCACACAAGCGACGUCUGCCAGUUCCCGUGUCCUGUCACGGCUAGCCUCCUCCUGGAGUGUGGCUCGGCGGUGGACGCGGCGGACGACGCUCGCCGCACGCCGCUACACGUCGCCCUCAUAUCAUACCAGCUCGUGCCAGACGAACGUGGUCUAUCAGCGGCGGCUGUCCGCGGAGCUGUCGAGGAACUGCUGAGGCACUCGGCGCACGUGGACGCGGUGGACGCGGCGGGCAUCACGCCUCUGGUAGCGGCCAUCGGAGGUCCCGCUGAGAGCUUGGUGCGUGCUGCCCUGAGUCCUCGCCUGUCGUGUCUGGCGGCGGCAGCCCUGGCUCUCCACGGCCGCACGUACCGACCCUCGCAAGUACCCAGAGACUUGCACGCCUUCUUGCACAUGCACGGCGUCAACCCAGCUAAGUGAGCGACACACUAGCAGAACUACCAGAAUAUCGAUGAUGCCAACUAUAGAUUAAAAAUAACACAGCGCAUGGGAAAUACUCUCUGAAACCAUCUCAUUGGCAAUCCUGGCUGAUUCAUUUCACGCACGGGUAAUAUUCAUUGGAAUAAUCUUUUGACAACCCUACCUGAUUCAUGUCUCAGAAUAUAGGGAAUAAUCUAAAAAUUAUCGUUCGUCAACGAUCCCAUCGGAAUCAUAUCACAGCGCGUAGGGUAUUAUGGGAUUAUCGGUUUUGACAACCCUAUUUAGGAGCUACACAUCAAGCAAGACUGGAGGCUUGUAGGCAACCCUAGCUGAGUGUCAGAAUUGAUGGAAGAGUGUCUUGGAAGGAGCUUUCGCCGUCAACCCUAGCUUAAUGUCGCAAAAUAUAAGCUUAUCGAAUAAUUGCUAAAACAUCGAUACUCGAUAGUUGAAGAUGACAUCCCUAGCAAUUAAAAAAAAUGGCUUAAUAUGUAGAUUUCGAUAGUCGAUACAAUACGUAUCCUACAGAUAGCGGCGUUAGCGGGUUUGACGGUGUACAUGACAGAUACAUAAUCUAUAUUUUCAUAUAACUUAUAUAAUACUCGUAAUGUUAGUUAAUGUUGAUAUUAAUCACAUGUGAAGCAACCACGGCCGACGCUACAAUAUUUUGAAGCUGUUAUUUAUUUAUUUCAGUUGCUAGUUGACUUAUGAAUUGACAAAACUGAUUAUAUUAAACAACAAAAUAGUUUUCACUGAUACGGGAUUCCUGUAGCUGAAGCUGUGUCAGUGGAAUAGAUGCAUAUGAGGCUGGGCUGUAUUAGCAAUGUAGAAUAUUAUGUUUCUCUUAAAGAUGCUACUUAAAAUAUAUUAUAAUAAUUUAUAAUGAAUAUCAGAUUAUUAAAUAAUUGUAAAAUUAAAAAAAAUUCUGAUAUUAUAUAGUGAAAGUUAUUGUCUCUGAAGUAGCUGUCAUAAGUGGUACAACAUUAGAUGUCACUUCUCUAUGAAAACUCAUUUAGAUGAAAAUUCUUAAAGAUAAAUAAAAUACAAUAUGGUUAUGUAUGUAGGGUGUGUGCAUUUUAUUUAACACUCAGAUGAUAUAUAUAUAUAUAUAUAAAGAUUGAACACAGGGUUGUAUUGUGUUCCAAUCAAUAUAUCGAAGAUGCUCAAAUAUAUAAUUUAUUGUAUGAAAUGUGAUAAUUCAUAGAAUUAAUUAAUGUUAAGAUUACAAGUACAUUUAUCAUACUCGUAUGUGGAGGCUUAACUAACAUACAAACAUGUAUGUAUGCUUGUACGCUCAUACCAAAUGACAAUCUAUGCACAGAUAAUGUAUAUUCUUAAUUAUCUGUGGAUUUUUUUUUUUUUUGUAUAAAAAAAGCUUAACUAAUUCUCCGUUCCCAGUGUCUGAUAUGUAAACUGUCUUAAAGUACUAGUCAUUGUAUAUAGAUGUAGUUGUUAGUGAUGGUUUAAUAUAUAAUGCAAAAUUAUAUUUUAUAAUAGUUUCGGCCUCGAACGAGAACGGCGUCGCACUUGACAUACAGUCACAGCUAUGCACAAAAUAUUAUUUAAUAAAAAAAAUAUAUUAUGUAUUGUUUAUAUUUUAAUAUAUUUGAUUUAUUUUUUAUAUUUUUAAUAUAUUUGUAGAAAUUUCAGUUGUCAAGCAACAUAAUAUAGGGUUUUGAAUGUUAUUUGGUCGAAACAAAAUGGCGCUUUUUUCUGUUGAUUUUACCAAUGCCAAAGUAAUGAUGCUGGCAUCAUUACAUUUAAUUUUUUUUUUUUUGUCUAUAACAGUAUUUAUUGCUGAUAUACAUAAAAAAAUAUUUUAAAUAAUUUCUUUAAUAACCGUACAGUACAGAAAACAAUUUUCUUUAGAGUUUCUGUAUGUUUUUCUAAAAAGAAAUUUAAGAACUUUAAUUCAACAUACUUUUAACUGUUUCUUACAGAAAGUUCGUUUUUUUUUAAUUUAUAAUUAAGACUGUUUUGUAACAUUUCGUAGGAAAAAUUCUUUAAAAGCUUUGAUUAUAAUUUCAUCUCAAUAAAACGGUUUUUGUUUUAACUAAUACCAUAUUAGAUAUAAAGCGCUUAACUUGUCAAGUAACGGAUGGUUUUCAAGUCUUACGGCUGUCUUAAAAAAUUCUGUUUAAAAACAGUAGAAUUCAAUAUGAAAGUAAACUGUGGCCAUAUUUAAGGAUUAGAUUAUUAUUUUUUUAAGCAUUUCCAAUUAAAAAGGUUAUAAUCAUAAUAAUGAAUAUGUAUAUGUUUUUUGGAUCACUUACUAUUCCCAUAUAAAGCCUAUAUGGCAACAUUAUAUUUUUUUUUUAAUUAAUUUCAUACAAAAUUAUUGUGAUAAAAAAAAAAAAUGUCAAUUCAUUUGUAAUAAUUAUUUUAUGAAUAAAAACAUUAGUCUGAAGUAUAGUUUUGUAACAGACAACAUUUAAUAUUGUAUCAUACUAUAUUUAUGGUGAAAAAUGAUAGUAUUGUUGAGUGAUUUAAAUUAUAUAUAUAUAUAUAUAUAUAUAUUUAAAAUUUAACUUGUAAAUGUUCUAUAAUCUAUACUAAAAUGUUGCUAUCGUGAUAUUAUAUAUUAUUUUUUAUAUUGUAAAUCUGUUGUUUCAGCUUAAUAAUUCAAGCAAAGACAAGUUUUUUUGGUUACCUUUUUCAUUAUUCAUACAGAAUUAAUAAAAUAUAUAUAUAGUUUAAAAUUGGAAAAUUUAUUAUAUUAAUUUAUUUAUGUUGUAGCAAGAUGUGCAAUAACUGUAGUUUUUAAUAGAAUAGUUUUAGAUAUAGCACAAAUAUUAUAUGUAUAUAUUUUUAAUGAUACUCCGGUUCGGGAAUCUCAUGUAAUUAAAAAAAAAAAAAUGUUCUUAACGUCUAUGUAUAAUUCGUCAACUGUCAGAUGUCAUGUAUUUUGUAGAUGUAUGUUUGAAAUUAAAUAGAAGUAACAGAGAUAAUAAUGAAAUUAUUGUAAAUAUUUUAUUUUUCGUCCGAAAUGAAUCGAAAUAAAUAUAUUAAAGGCA